AUGCCGUUCGUCAAGGUCGUCAAGAAUUCGGCAUACUACUCAAGAUUUCAGGUCAAGUACCGUCGUCGCCGAGAGGGUAAGACCGACUACUAUGCCCGAAAACGCUUGAUCACCCAGGCCAAGAACAAGUACAACUCGCCCAAGUACCGUCUGGUGGUUCGAAUCACCAACCGGGACAUCAUCUGCCAAGUUGUCCACGCCAAGCUGCAGGGAGACUUCGUCCUGGCCGCGGCCUACUCUCACGAACUGCCCCGCUAUGGUAUCAAACACGGUCUGACGAACUGGGCCGCUGCAUACGCUACCGGUCUGUUGGUCGCCCGUCGGGCACUCGUCAAGCUUGGCCUGGACGAGAAAUACCAGGGUGUCGAGGAACCCGAGGGUGACUUGGUCCUCACCGAGGCCAACGACGAGGGACCCCGUCCUUUCAAGGCCUUCCUUGACGUCGGUCUUAGACGGACUUCCACCGGUGCCCGUAUCUUUGGUGCCAUGAAGGGCGCUUCUGAUGGUGGUAUCUUCUGUCCUCACUCCGAAAACCGAUUCCCCGGUUACGACCCUGAAGCCAAGGAGUUGGACGCCGACAUGCUGAAAAGUUACAUCUACGGCGGACAUGUUGCUGAAUACAUGGAGGCCCUAGAAGAAGAAGAUGACGAACGCUUCAAAAAACAAUUCGCCACCUACCUCGCCGAUGACAUUGGUUCGGCUGACAUCGAGGAGAUCUACACGGAGGCCCACAAGGCCAUCCGGGCCGACCCCUCCCCCAAACCGACCGACAAGUCAAAACUGGAAGAAUACAAAAAGGCCAGCAAGAAGAACAAGCCCUCGAAGAUCACCAAGGAACAACGGGCUCUCAACGUCAAGGCCAAGGUCCAAGCUUUCCAGGCUGCAUCUGCUUAG